GUUUUUUUUAUCAUAGGUCUGUCUCGUUUAUUGUUGUUGUCAAGUCUCUUGUACCUUUCUUUCGAUAACAGUCUUCUUGAGAGUUGUAGUUUUCGUGAUUUUGCGCAUAAUUGUCAGCAUACGUCACAAGGUCAGCGACCCUUUCCUAAUUUCUGUCAGGCCUGCAAGGAGAAGACAAGGAAGGUGUGAUUCGAAAAUUAGUUUUCAUCUGUUUGUCUGUUGGAAUAGUUCAGACAUUGUGUUUUUGUUAUUUAUUAAUUUGUCUGUUUGUUUAGUUCAGCAAUAGUGUUUUUAUUAUUUAUUAAUUUUAUGAAGUUUAAGUGUGUUUAACUGUGUCCACUCAUCAAUUACAAUUACUUUUCUGGUACAAAAUGCGACAAUCCUGCAACGCCGGCAGAGAAGGAAGAAAAUGAUUAUAUUUUUUAGAACUCGGUCUUCUUGAUAAAAGUUAUUUUCAAAAAUUUCUUUCUUUUGAAUAGAAAUUUUGUUAAUAACCAAGAGAAGGGAUCUCCGAGUUCUAAUAACUUUAAUUGCGACACUUGACUAAAUUUCAUCGUUUUCUGUGGAAAGAAAUACAUCGACAAGAUAGAAAAUUGACAAAACAAAAUUGCGAUAUCCAAAAGAGUGAUAAAGCUUUAUCAUUGAAAGCGGCAAAAUAUAAUUGAAAACAAAUGUUUAUACGUAUAUUUAAGUGUUUUAAAGUCUAUUAAUAUUUCGUCAAAAUGAAAUUGUAUUGUCUAAAUAGUGAACCAACGAAACCAUGUCUUGUUCUGAGUUUCAAGGGAAUUACGCUAAUGUUAGAUUGUGGAUUAAAUAUGCAAUCGGUGUUAAAUUUCAUGCCAAUGCCUUUGGUACCUAGUGCAAGAUUUGAUUCCCUGCCGAACUGGUUACCGCGUGAUAAUCAACAAGACUGGCAAAUUGAAGGAGAAUUAAAGGAAUGUUGCGGUCGAUUGUUUGUUGAUUCAACACCGGAAUUUUGUCCACCAUUGGAGAAAAUUAUCGACUUUUCCGAGAUAGAUGCAAUUUUAAUUUCCAAUUAUACUUGUAUGUUGGCAUUGCCAUUUGUCACUGAAGGCACAGGCUUUAAGGGUGUGAUUUAUGCCACUGAGCCGACAUUACAAAUAGGAAGAUUUUUUAUGGAGGAACUAGUUGAAUAUAUUGAGCAAACGCCACGAGCUAAAUUAGCGAAACAUUGGAAGGAAAUGAUACAUAUUUUACCACCACCUCUGGCCGAUGCACUAAAACCAAAAUCAUGGAAACAUAUUUAUUCAAUUCAGGCUGUGAAUUCUGCAUUGUCAAAUAUACAAUUGGUUGGAUAUGAUCAAAAAUUAGAUAUAUAUGGAGCGUUAACGGUGACCCCGAUAAGUUCGGGUUAUUGUUUAGGAAGCAGUAAUUGGUUAAUAUCGUGUGAUCACGAAAAAGUUGCCUUUGUCAGUGGAUCGUCGACUUUAACGACUCAUCCACGUCCCAUGGAUCAGACGACAUUGAAACACGCGAAUAUGUUAAUUUUGACUGGUUUAACGCAAACGCCUACUGCUAAUCCAGAUACAAUGUUGGGCGAAUUGUGCAUGAAUGUUGCAAUGACAUUACGAAGCGGAGGAUGUGUUCUAAUUCCUUGCUAUCCUUCGGGAGUUGUUUAUGAUUUGUUUGAAUGUCUAAGUACACAUCUGGAUAAAAAUGGACUCACACAAGUGCCUCUCUUUUUUAUAUCUCCAGUGGCUGAAUCUUCCCUAGCUUAUUCUAAUAUUCUAGCUGAAUGGCUCUCGACAAGUAAGCAGAAUAAAGUUUAUCUUCCCGAGGAACCAUUUCCACAUGCCUUCCUUGUGAAAAAUGCGAGAUUAAAACAUUACACGUCUGCCUAUGCUGAGGGUUUCAGUUCUGAUUACAGACAACCUUGCGUCGUAUUUUGUGGACAUCCGAGUCUAAGAUAUGGAGAUGCAGUUCAUUUUGUGCAACUUUGGGGCAACAAUCCACAGCACACAAUUAUUUUCACAGAACCCGACUUUCCGUAUUUGGAUGCACUGGCGCCUUUUCAACCACUUGCGAUGAAAGCCGUUCACUGUCCAAUUGACACUUCGUUGAAUUUUUCUCAAGCCAAUAAAUUGAUUAGAGACUUGAAGCCGGAAAAUCUUGUUGUUCCCGAAUGCUAUACUCAAGCACCAAUUUCAGCUCCACUGAGAACUGAUCUCAUCAUUGAACCAGUAGGCGAGAAACCACUCAUCACUUUUAAACGUGGAGAAGUUGUUAAGUUGCCUCUGAAACGAAAGAAGGGUCGAAUUUUCAUAGAACCCGACUUAGCUGGCAAUAUUAUUCCAAGUGAAGUUCGUCCUGGUUUGAGCCUCUCGUCAGUCACUGGAGAAUUGGAGGUCAAGGAUAAUGUUUAUACUAUUAAGAAUAUUGAAGACAGGCCAAGUGGCAAACGAAGAAAUCCUACGGUUGUGCCAGUGCCAAUAAAAGAAAUGGUCUUCAAGGCGAAAAAGCAGGAAUACGGAAACAUUGAUCCACAAGAAUUGCUUCAUAAAUUAAUCCAAGAGGGCAUUCAGGGAGCAAAAUUGCAACACAAUCAGACUUCAACCAGUAUUCACUUGCAAGAUGAAGACACGCUAAUUCAAAUCGGGGACAAUUCAACUCACAUAUUUUGUAAUGGCGAUCAAAAAUUGAGAAGACGACUGAGGGGUAUAAUUAUGCAGUGCCUGAAAAGAUAUUGAUCAACAUUUUAUUAUAUACGGUGAAUUAACUCUCUACAAAUGUUAAUAAUAUUAUUCAACAAUCGAGUAGUCAAUAUAUUUAAUCCUGGUCUCAAUACAAUAGAGUCGCGCAUCCAGGAACUUUUUUUUUACGAUUUAUGCUGUUUAGCAUAAAAAUAUUA